AUAAUGUCGAAGGACUUUUCAGAAUAUUUAAAAGGAAUGAAGAAAGAAGAAACAACUAGCAAUAUUGAUUUAUAGGAGUUAGAAAAUGUGUUUGAUCAAAAGAAAUAUGAAGUCAAAUGGUGGUAGGUUGUAAUUGGAAAUUCAUUUACUACAACAACUUUGGGGUAAUUGAUUGAAAUUUAUUGAGAUAAGAAUUUUGACAUAGCCAUUACAAGUAAUACAUACUACAUUUUAAUUAUCAAUAAAAAAGAUGGACUUGUAAGUGAAUAAUUUAAAGGAUAUAAUGGAAGCAAAAAUAACUUUGGGAGAAUAGAAGAAAUUGGAAUUAAUAUUAAAACAUAAAAUAGUAAAUUAUUAAGGGAUUUCUUAUUAAAAUUAUAAUGCAGUUUUAAAAGGGUUAGGAGAGUAAGGAAUAUUAGGAUUUUUUAAAGGAUUAGGAACUGGAAUAGUCUAUCAGAUAACAAAUUCUUAAUUGAGAUACUUUUUAAUUUAGAAAUACUUCAAUGAAAAGAAAUUAAUUCAAAAUUUGUAUGCAUCAUUGGUUGGAAUGGUUGUUGAUGUAAUCACAAAUCCAUUAAUGCUUAUAUAAUCAAAAAUGAUAUAUCAAAACAGAUUACCAAAUUUUAGAACAUAUAGAUCAUUUCUUGAUAUAUUAAAGAAGGAGAGAAAUCUUUAUAAGGGUUCAUUAGGACAUAUUUAUAAACAUAUAUUUAUUUGUUUGUCUUAAAUACCUUCAUUAUAUAUAAAUGAUACAAGAUUUUGUUUAGGUUAUUUGUUAAUGAUUUAACAAGUUGUAUCAUAUCCAUUUUUAACUGUUAUUAGAAGAUUACAUUGUUAAGGUAUUAAACCAUUUAUGUUGCAUACAAAUUACAUAGGUUUUUGGGAUGGAGUAAGAUAGAUAUAUGCAUAAGAAGGAAUUUUAUCAUUUUACAGAGGAUUUGGUGCUUUUGGAAUAGCAAAUUCAUUUAUAGCUUUUGUAUUGUAUUCAACUUAACUUUUGGGAGAAAGUUAAGAAUGA